AUGGCUUCUGAAAUUGAUAUCUCAAGUUGCAGCAUUAAUCCAAGCCUUCGCCAUGGCGAAUGCAUGAUGGAAUCUAAGUCUCUAGCAGAACUACUGGAAGCAAGUUUCGCUAAGCGUGAUGAGGGCAAGAGGUUGUCGGAGAAAGAGAAGGAUGGAGAUGGUGUUUUCUUGACAUGGGAGGAUGUAUGGGUGACUGUACCCAUGGGAAGAAGUGGAAGCAAACCAAUCCUUCAAGCCGUCACAGGCUACGCUCAGCCCGGCAAGGUUUUGGCCAUUAUGGGUCCUUCUGGUUGUGGAAAGUCCACUCUUCUUGAUACCUUGGCAGGGCGACUAGGUCAAAGCGCAAGGCAACAUGGAAAUGUGCUUAUCAAUGGUCGAAAACAAACUCUGGCAUUUGGGACUUCGGCUUAUGUGACACAAGAUGAUGUUAUAAUGACAACGUUAACAGUUGGAGAAGCUGUAUACUACUCUGCUCAGCUACAACUGCCUAAUUCAAUGUCAAGAACAGAGAAGAAGGAGAGAGCAGAGACAACCAUAAGAGAAAUGGGGUUGCAAGAUUCCAUGCACACACGGAUAGGGGGAUGGGGCAACAAAGGGAUUAGUGGUGGGCAAAAGAGGAGAGUUAGCAUUUGCAUUGAGAUCUUAACACGACCAAAGCUUCUCUUCCUAGAUGAACCAACGAGUGGGUUGGACAGUGCAGCAGCUUACCAUGUCAUGAAAAGAAUUGUAAACCUUUCAAAACAAGAUGGAAAGACUGUUAUUGCAUCCAUCCAUCAACCAAGCAGUGAAGUCUUUGAGCUUUUCCACAAUCUCUGCCUUCUCUCCUCUGGUAGAACAAUUUACUUUGGUGCUACUUCUGCUGCAAAUGAGUUCUUUGCAUUGAAUGGCUUCCCAUGCCCAGCCCAGAGGAACCCAUCUGAUCACUACCUUAAAACAAUCAAUAAAGACUUUUAUGAGGACAUCGAACAAGGCCAUGGUGAAAAGAUCUUAACCACCGAGGAAACAAUCAACAUUCUUAUAGAAUCAUACAAAUCAUCGAACACUUGUCAGCAAUUAAGGAACCUAGUAGCUGUGCUAUCUAAUAAGGAAGGAGCAGCAUUGGAGAAGAAGGGUAGCCAAGCUAGCUUCCUUACCCAGUGCCUUGUUCUUACAAGAAGGUCCUUUGUGAACAUGAAUCGUGAUUUAGGCUACUAUUGGUUCCGAUUUGCAAUCUACAUCCUUUUGUGUCUGUCCCUGGGCUCUGUUUUUUACAAUAUCGGUUACGGCGCUGGCUCAAUUCAGGCCAGAUGUUCGAUCCUCAUGUUUGUAGCUUCAUUCAUAACAUUUAUGGCCAUCAGUGGAUUCCCUUCUUUUGCAGAGGACAUGAAGAUCUUCGAACGAGAAAGACUAAACGGUCAUUAUGGCGUUGGAGCAUUUGUUAUCAGCAACACAAUCUCUUCCAUUCCUUACUUGCUUCUGAACUCUUUGGUUCCUGGAGCUAUAGCUUAUAAUCUUGCUGGCCUUCGUGGGGGAUUUGGAUACUUCAUGUACUUUGGUCUGGUUUUAUUCGUCUGCAACAUGUUGGUUGAAGGCCAAAUGAUGGUUGUUGCAAGCAUUGUGCCAAAUUUUCUGUUGGGCAUAACUAUAGGUGCUGGAAUUCAAGGGCUGAUGAUACUCAACGGCGGCUUCUUUCGGUUGCCUAAUGAUCUCCCUAAACCUUUCUGGAAAUACCCAAUGUACUAUGUUGCCUUUCAUAAGUAUGCUUACCAAGGCUUCUAUAAGAAUGAGUUUGAAGGGUUGACAUUCCCUAAUAAUGAGGUUGGAGGGCCACCCACUAUCACUGGGGAAGAAAUUUUGAGGAAGAUGUGGCAAGUAGAGAUGGAUUACUCCAAGUGGGUUGAUUUAGCUGUCUUGUGUGGGAUGUUGGUCCUGUAUCGUCUCAUGUGCUUUACUAUUGUGAAGGUCAUUGAAAACGUUAAGCCCAUGGUCAAGUCUCUCAUUAAUGCUGCUGUUCCUCCCAAACAACAGAUACAAAUCAUUGAAAGCUCUCUUCCUCUUGGUGCAAAUGUGUAAUGGCUGUCUUCUAUCAAAUUUGCUAGUUGAAUUGAGUGUAAGCUCUUUAAAUUGUUGUUUACAAAAGUGUAACUUCUAGUGGAGAAUGAUAUGUAUUCAU